GCAGGCCGCGCCCAGCCGGGCCGGGGGCGGGCUCGCUUCGUGGCCGUCUCCCGGGCGGGGCGCAGCGUCCCGCGGCGGCGUGCGGCCACCUGACCGUGCGAGCGGGCGGCAGCGGCUCCUCUCCUCUCUUCGCAGGGCUCCCGCUUCGCUCCCACCUGCCGCCAUGUGCGAGCCCAGCAAACAGGACAUCGCCGCCAUCUUCAAGCGGCUCCGCUCCAUCCCCACCAACAAGGUGUGUUUUGACUGUGGAGCGAAGAACCCUAGCUGGGCAAGCAUAACAUAUGGAGUUUUUCUCUGUAUUGAUUGUUCAGGGACUCAUCGAUCACUUGGGGUUCAUCUGAGUUUCAUUCGAUCUACAGAACUGGAUUCCAAUUGGUCCUGGUUUCAGCUGAGAUGCAUGCAAGUUGGAGGAAAUGCGAAUGCUUCUGCCUUUUUCCAUCAACAUGGCUGCACAACCAAUGAUACCAAUGCGAAGUACAACAGCCGAGUUGCCCAGCUGUACAAGGAGAAGAUUAAAUCUCUUGCAACACAGGCAACAAGAAAGUAUGGUACUGAUCUAUGGACAGAUGGAUGUGGAAUGCCACCUCUGUCACCUCAAAACAAAGAGGAAGACUUUUUUGCAUCUCAUGUUUCUCCCAAGGUGAAGAAUACAGAGUGGGUGUUAUCAGAGCCAGAGCCGAUUUCUCUGCAGCAGAAGACUUCAGAAAAUACUCCUGAGUGCAAUGAAGGAGGACCGGAACACGGACCGAGUGUUGAUUGCCUUAGCACCUCACCCAAAGCUGCAUUAGAGAGUACCACCUUCAUAAAAAAGAAGCCAAAUCAAGCUAAGAAGGGGCUUGGUGCAAAGAAAGGUGGUUUGGGGGCACAGAAAGUGAGUGGCCAAAGCUUCAACGAGAUUGAAAAGCAAGCACAAGCAGUAGAUAAGAUGAAGGAACAAGAGGAGCUUCAUAGAAGUAAGAAAAAUGAGAAGGAAGAGCCACUGGUUUCAUCUUUACGGUUGGCCUACAAAGAUCUUGAUAUUAAAACAAAAGAAGAGAAGUUAAAUCUGUCUGGUAAGAAGAAAAGUGAGCUGGAGAGGCUUGGCAUAGGCUUUGGCAGCAACAGAAGUGGCAUUUCCCACUCAGUUACAGCAGAUAUGCAAACAAUAGAGCAGGAAACACCUGCGAUUGCAAAGCUGAAGAAAAAGCACACCGACGAUGUAGAAGACUCCUAUUUCUCCUCUAGUUCAAGGUAUUAUGAUUCUUCAGAGUUGAGGAGCAGCACUUUCUCUCACUGGGAUGACAACUCAGAUUCUCUUUGGAAGAAAGAAAAUAACAGUAGAGAUGUGGAUAUCAUGUUAACUUCAAAAGACACAGGAUUUUCAGACAGGCCUGCCUCUCGCCGUAAGCCUGAGUGUGAACCAUCUUCAAGCACUGAUGAGGCACAGAAGAAAUUUGGCAAUGUCAAAGCAAUUUCAUCAGACAUGUAUUUUGGAAAGCAGGAUCAUGCUGAUUAUGAAGCAAGGGCUCGACUAGAAAGACUUUCUGGAAGCUCAUCUAUAAGUUCAGCUGACUUGUUUGAAGAUCAGAAGAAACAACCCACAGGAAGCUACAACAUAACAAAUGUCUUGCCUGCAGCUCCUGAUAUAGCUCAGUUUAAACAAGGAGUGAAAUCGGUGGCUGGAAAACUUUCUGUACUUGCUAAUGGGGUCAUGACAUCUAUACAGGAUCGCUAUGGUUCAUAACAUUGGUAUCAACACAAGUACACUAAGAAGGAUUUCUCUUCAGAUGUACAAGUAAUCACUGCCCAUUCCAGUAAAGGUUGCCUUAAGACUGUUGAUAUUUUCACUUAUUCCAGCAUAUUUGUUCCCUUGUGCAGCUUUCUGGCCCCGCUUCUUCUUCCUGCUAUUUCAGAGCAGAAAUCUUGUAGCAACUUGUCACAUUGCAUAUGCCUUCCCCCCUGCUCCUUUACUGUCUUAUAUUCCUUAGUGCCCUUAGUGUUAGCUGUCGGAAGCUUUAUUUUAUGAUUGGUUUUGUAAUGGAUGUACAUA